CCAACUUCUUUUAUUUUUUCUUUUUUUAUUCAUCAUCAUCACUUCCUCUCUUCUCUUCCUUCUUCCUCCUCCUCCUCUUUCUUCUUCUCUUCUGCAACAAAAGGCAAUAUUCUAUGAUCAAUCAAUUAUACUCUUCGAAAUAGAUAAAGAAUUGAUCUCUUUUCUUUUUCUCUUUACGCGAGACAGAGACACUCCAGUGCUGCUGAGCCAAAGCUAAUCGGUUGUUUUUCUUUUCUGUAUUGAAGAUUGGAUUGUAUGUGCGUUUGUUUAUUCUUUGUUUGAUGGGUAACGGAGUUACAAAAGUGGGUCACUGUUUUUCCAACAGUACAGCCGGUGAUAUCUCAUGCCGCCACGACAUCGCCGUUUAUGUUAGCGAUCAGCUCCACAAAGGACUAGGCCAUUCUUUCUGCUAUAUAAAAGCAGAGCCACCUCGUACGUCCACCAACCAAAUUCACUCUGAGGAAACGACAACGUUUUUCUCUAUCUCAGGUGCUUCUGUAAGUGCGAACACUUCGUCGUCUUCUUCAACGGAUGCUUCCUUGCCUUACAGUUGUAAUUUAGAUGAAGCUUCUGCUUUCGAGAGCUCCGAUUCUUUCGCUUCUGUUCCUCUUCAGCCUGUCCCUCGCCGUGGUGGCGGUGGACAGCUGCAAUCAGGUUCUGUUUCGAGUCCGAAUGAACGUGGCUUCCUAUCAGGUCCUAUUGAACGUGGGUUCCUUUCGGGGCCGAUUGAACGUGGGUUUGUAUCGGCACCGAUUGAUCGAGCCUUGUAUUCGGGUUUGAUGGAGAAGGACAGUUGUAGUAAGUUACAGAAGAGUUCACCCCCUGGCGGUUUUGGUAUUGAUGAAGUACAUGUGAAAACCAAGAAGAGAAAUAGUAUAAUAAAGAGUCUAAAGAGAGUAAUAUCUAAUACUAUUUCUAGAGGGAAAAAAUCAUUCAUGGGUGCUGUUGUUGUUAAAGAUUCAGUUGAAGUUAAAAAUGGUGAACAUUUGAGUGGCGAUAGUUGUAAUUUGAGUGCUCAGUUGAAUUUGAAUAAUGAUGUUGAUGAAGAUAGUGUUUUCUCAUUGGAAAGUCAGAAUUUGCAAUGGGCACAAGGGAAAGCUGGUGAGGAUAGGGUGCAUAUAGUUAUAUCUGAGGAACAUGGAUGGGUUUUUGUUGGGAUUUAUGAUGGAUUUAAUGGUCCUGAUGCACCUGAUUUCUUGCUUUCUAAUCUUUAUACUAAUGUGAAUGAGGAGCUUAAAGGAUUGUUAUGGAACGAUAAGUUUGAAUCUUCAUCGCCACAAACAGAGGAAACAGAGGAGUAUUCGCAUUCAAUUGGUAAGGAAAAUCAUCCAUCUGAUGAGGUUGUGGUUACAAAUCAGAGAAAACAAGGAAAGAAUUUGAAGCAUAGAAGUAAAGGUGCAGCAAAGAGAUGGGAGGAGAACCAGAGGAGGUGGAGGUGUGAAUGGGACAGAGAAAGAGUGGAACUUGAUAGGAAAUUAAAAGACGAAUUGAAUUGCCAAGGGUCUAACUCUAAUGGGGUUAACCAUUUCGAUGUUUUGAGAGCACUUUCGAAAGCUUUGAGGAAGACAGAGGAGACCUACUUUGAAAUUGCUGAUAAGAUGGCGGAGGAGAAACCUGAGUUGGCCUUGAUGGGUUCUUGCGUUUUGGUGAUGUUGAUGAAAGGGGAAGAUGUUUACUUGAUGAACGUUGGAGAUAGUCGAGCUGUUUUGGCACAGAAAGGCGACACAAGUCUUGGAUUAGGGAAAGGAAACCAGGACUUGGAGAUAAUUAGCGAGGAAAGCUUGCGCGACCUUGAAGUCUUUGAUGGUGAUGAAUUUUACAGAUUAAAUAACUUGAGUUCCCUUCAACUUACCAUGGAUCACAGUACUUAUGUGCAUAAGGAAGUUCAGAGAAUCAAGAAAGAACAUCCCGAUGAUCCUUCUGCAGUAACAAAUGACAGAGUUAAGGGUUAUUUGAAGGUUACUCGGGCUUUCGGAGUUGGCUUUCUCAAACAGCCAAAGUGGAAUGAUCUGCUGUUAGAGAUGUUUCGGAUAGACUAUGUUGGAACAUCCCCAUACAUAACCUGUUUUCCAUCCCUCUAUCACCAUAAACUGAAUUCAAGAGACAGAUUCUUGAUAUUGUCAUCCGAUGGGCUCUACCAGUACUUCACAAAUGAUGAAGCUAUCUCUGAAGUCGAAAUGUUCAUUGCAGCAUUUCCUGAAGGGGACCCUGCACAGCAUCUAAUCGAGGAAGUUCUGUUUCGUGCAGCCAAAAGAGCUGGUAUAGAUUUCCAUGAGUUGCUUGAUAUUCCACAAGGGGACCGGCGCAGGUACCAUGACGAUGUUUCUGUUAUAAUUAUUUCUUUGGAAGGAAGGAUAUGGCGUUCAUCUGUGUAAAUACAAAAUCAAACAGAAAGAACAUAUCUAUAUAUAUAUAUGAAAAGGUUGACAAGUUUUGGGUUUUUUCUUUCUUUUCUUGUUCUUGGAUUAUAAAACUAAGAGGGAAGGAAAAGAAAAACAAAAAAAGAAGCUAUUGUUGCAAAUAUAUCUUGGUUUCAGGAAAACUGUAAAAAUGUUAGACAUGCUUUCAAUGUACUAAUCAAAUUUUGUUGUUUCUCUGGUAAUACACAAGGAUUCAAAUCCUUGCAUGUUCCCGUUGUGUCCUAA